ACGAAGAGGAGCAUGAUGGUGAUUGCAGAGCAGAGGACGCACGUUCUCCCUGGUUUAUGAGAGCAAGAAGCCUCCUGGACUGUGGCUGGGGCCUGUAGGCUGUCGCCUUGAGAAGUGUUCUGCAUUGGGGAGCAUCGACCUGGACGGCGAACCGUGUUCGGGUUAUCACUUAUCAAGUGUAGUAUCUGUUCUUAUACUUCUGCUCUGAUCGGUGAGGCGCCAUGACGGACCGAUACACCAUCCACAGCCAGUUGGAGCAUCUGCAAUCCAAGUACAUUGGCACUGGCCAUGCCGACACCACCAAGUGGGAAUGGCUGGUGAAUCAGCACCGUGACUCCUACUGCUCCUACAUGGGCCACUUUGACCUGCUCAACUACUUUGCCGUGGCUGAGAAUGAGAGCAAGGCCCGAGUGCGCUUUAACCUGAUGGAGAAGAUGCUGCAGCCGUGUGGGCCGCCCAUGGACAAGCCGGAUGAGUCCUAGAGACCGGGCAGUGACUGGUGCCGUGGACUUGAUGCUCUCCUCCUCGUGGU